GCCGUGCCUGCGCUCCCCGCCCCUGCGAGGGUAGAGCGGGGAAGACGCUCCCCUGCCGGCUGAGGAGGCUGUGGUGGCUGCGGCUGGCGACAUGGACAACGCGGGGAAGGAGCGUGAGGCAGUCCAGCUGAUGGCGGAGGCCGAGAAGCGAGUCAAGGCCUCCCACUCCUUCCUCCGAGGGCUGUUUGGAGGAAACACAAGAAUAGAAGAGGCUUGUGAAAUGUAUAACAGAGCUGCAAAUAUGUUCAAGAUGGCUAAAAAUUGGAGUGCUGCAGGAAAUGCGUUUUGUCAGGCAGCCAAGCUCCAUAUGCAGCUUCAGAGCAAACACGAUUCUGCUACCAGCUUUGUGGACGCUGGGAAUGCUUACAAAAAGGCGGACCCUCAAGAGGCUAUCAACUGCUUAAAUGCAGCCAUCGACAUUUACACAGACAUGGGAAGGUUUACAAUCGCAGCCAAGCACCACAUUACCAUUGCUGAGAUUUAUGAAACUGAACUUGUAGACAUUGAGAAGGCUAUUGCACAUUAUGAACAAUCGGCUGAUUAUUACAAAGGAGAAGAAUCCAACAGUUCAGCUAACAAGUGUCUGCUGAAGGUGGCAGCAUAUGCCGCCCAGCUUGAACAGUACCAGAAAGCCAUCGAGAUCUAUGAGCAGGUCGGGGCAAACACCAUGGAUAAUCCUCUAUUGAAGUACAGUGCAAAGGAUUACUUCUUUAAAGCAGCCCUCUGUCACUUCAUAGUCGAUGAGUUGAAUGCCAAGCUUGCUCUUGAGAAAUAUGAGGAAAUGUUUCCAGCAUUUACUGAUUCUAGAGAAUGUAAAUUGUUGAAAAAACUUCUAGAAGCUCAUGAAGAACAGAACAGUGAAGCUUACACUGAAGCAGUGAAGGAAUUUGACUCAAUAUCUCGCUUGGAUCAGUGGCUUACUACCAUGUUGCUUCGUAUCAAGAAGUCCAUCCAAGGGGAUGGAGAGGGAGAUGGAGACCUAAAGUGAGAGAUUUAUAAGUCUUUGUGGCAUGCAGCUAAGUUCCAUCUUAGGGCUUUCCUCUUUAGUUUCAUCUUAGGGCCAAGUGUUCUUUAUGGGAUGUCCAUUUAAUGGCUUAAUUUUGUUGCACAGUGUUGUUUAAGCUUGCCAUGUUUGUGUCACUGUUAGACAAUGAAUAAGAAGCUCCUGUGCCUAUUAUGGACGUGAUGGGCUAUUUCAUGCUUGUCAGAGUCCCCAGUUUUCUGAGAACUAUUUCAGAAUUUUAUUCCUGUUAAUUUGAUAUUUGCAGAGCUCAUGUUUUAAUUUUACCAUAUAUUUUUAUGUCCUGUUUCUUGGACUUGAGUACCCAACCCAGUUGUUCUAACCAAUAUUUUGCAUACUAUGUAAAUUUGCAUCUGGAUGUAUUCUCUAAAAGUAUGUAUUUGGUUUAGGGUAGUUGUUAGGAAUGAGUUUAUGACUUUUCUCAUUAGAAAUUUUUGUUGUUGUUAUCUUGUAAUUAUUUUGAUGGUUCUAGUGACCAAUUUCUUUGCUUUUGAUAUUGUUCCACAUGUUAAUGUGCAUGCGAAAAUUCAAAACAGCCAGGGUCUGCCAGCAUCACUUACAUUGUGAGAAAAAGGAGCUUUCUGGCAAUGCUUGCCUACGUGUAUGGACGAAUGUCAGCAUAGGUUUGACUGCAUUGUACACACACACACACACACACACAUACGCACACACAAACGAGAAAUAAAGUUUUUCGUUUUCCUGGGCCUAGUAUCUACUUUUAGUUGGGAUGAAAAUCCCUUUCUUUAUAUUCACAUAAAGGUUAAUUCACAGAAAGGAAAAGGGCACAUCCUUUUUCUUUAUCUCCAUGUUUAUACACUUUCCCACAUGAGAUGGUAGGUACCCUCUAUGCCCCGGUCAUGUACAUCAUCAGGGCUGGGAGAGUAUUUAAGUCAAAGCUUGAAAAAGUGUUUCAUUAAUUUUAUGGUUUUAUUGAAUGUGAUGGGUUAGGUAGGGUAAAUAUGGUACAGAGCUUUACUGUCUGCCUCCAACUAGCAAAGAACUCCAACUAGCUCCUGAGGGGACUUUUUCUCUUAGCUGAUGGAAUUGUUUCAGCUUGUGUGUUUGAACUCUGUCCUUUUAUUUUGAUUUACACAGUAUGUGCUCUAUUGAUUUAUGAACUUGAUCUCUACCCGUUAUGUUAUAUGCUGACACUGUACUUUAGAUGUGGCCUUGUUUUUUGAAUCUCCUCUUCGAUACAUAUUUUUAGGCUUAAAUGAUUUAUGUUUGUUGUGCAUAGGUUGCCAGCAAUAGCCUAUGUUUCUUUCUAAAUUGUGCUACUGUCAUUAAUGACAGGUAGUGAAACUUUCCAUGUUAUGUUAGGUAGUAACUGGUAUUUAAAUGGUGUUUCUUUAUUGGAUGGCCCUCAACUGGGAUUAGUAGGCUUUUGUUGGGCAGAAGUAGAGUGGGUGUGCCCAGACUACGAGCUCAGUGAGGAGGAAGGUUUGGAGGUGGUGAAUACGUCAGUCUGGGAUGAAAGAGCAAGUAGCAGGAAUGGAAGUUGAAAAGGGCCAGCCGAGGGCCGAUUGUGGAGGCUCUUUCUCAGGUGGCUGUGAGGAUUUACUGGCUGUAGUUGUGGGAUGACAUGCAUGAGGUGGACUGAUGAAAGGAAAGGUUAGUGGUGUCACAGUGUCAGUUGAAGGUGGAGGGAAUGGACCAGAAGACAUGGACACUGGCGUUGGGCCCUGGAAUCUGAUGAGGAUUUCUUUCUUCCUUCAAAGGUCAGGGAUUCUUAAAAGAAAGCUGGCUAUUACUUACAGUACAAUUAACAGAGUUCGUUUAAUUCUCAUUUCCUGUUGGAAUCUCUUACGAAAGUAUUAGAGAGAAAAGUGGGUUUUUGUUGCUUUACCUAAUACAUUCUACAACCAGCCAAAUGAACUUUUGUGAAAAGUUUUUCCAAAUGCACUUUUGUGCAAGUGAGGCAUGGGAAGUGCUUUUGUAGCUGGUGUCCUCUGGCCAUAAAUCUGUCCCAUCUGGAGAGCAUUUAAAUCCUAGCCAGCCAGCAUGCUUCUUUCAUCACUAGUCUAGAAAGUUUGUUUCCACUUGUUAAAAGAAUCUUCUGGUCUGGCCACUUAAAGUAAAAACCAAAUGAUUUCUUUUAAGGCAAUUCCAUUUAGCUUUCCUCAUGAUCUCCUGACAAACCUCUGUCUGAAAAAGGGUUAUGGUUUUUAAAAAUAGUUUUGGCAACAUUUUCUGUCAAUCAGAGACUUGCUUAUUUGUGUUGAAAUAAACACUGGGAUCAGUGCCUGA